AUGGGUAUACCGCAAUUGGAGACAUUCCUCCGAAAGAAGGUACCCAACGGAAAUAACAGCCGCAACGAACAAAACACGGGCCCUGUAAUAGUCCUGGACACAACGUCGUUUUUGUUGACAUUCUGCAAAUCUGAUAUCUUUGGUCAAGUCUGCGGUGGAAGAUUCAACCGUGCAUUUGCUGUCCUGAACACUUUCUUCACCGAAUUAACCAAACUGGGAGCUGAAUUAGUAUUUUUUGUUAAAAGUCGAUUAUUGCAUCAAAAUAUGAAAAAAUCCUACAAAACUUUCCUUCAUAUGGCUGACGCUGUGGAUGAAGGUUUAGCGUUACAAAAAGGCAACUUUUCAAAAAUUCCGUAUAACUACGACUAUGUGAUUAAGCAGUUGAGAAAGAUUCAUGGUACAGUUACCAUGAUUGUUGAAGCAAACUACUCAGUACAGGAAUUAGUUGCAUAUGCCAAUUCAGUUGGAGCGUUUGCUAUUAUGAGCAACACCACAUCGUUUCUUUUAUACGAAGGAAAUUGGCGCCUUUGGUCAUCUAAAGAUAUCGACAUGAAAAAUUUCACUUGUAAAGAAUACAAUCGGAAGCAAUUGAUGCUGACUCUCGGACUCUCCUAUCAACAGAUGCCGCUUUUUUGUACCAUUUCUGGAUAUUCGAAGCUUAUGCCAAAAGUACAGAUACAAAAAUUUAAUUCACAUCUUGUGGCAGCUGAAAAUAGCUUUAGUAUGGUAUGGCUAAUAGUAUGGCGAAAAUUGCGCGGGAACACUACACAAACUGUCACAGCGCAGUUUCCCGAACACAUUACUCCACCACCGUUAUUGGAUCUUUACUCCAGUAAUCCGGAGCUUUGCGCAGAUCUUUACACUACCAAGCUACAACUUUACUGUUGGGUCGUAUCUGACAGGCUAGAGCACCGUGUACUGCAAGCGAUUCCGGAGCGACUCCGCGUAACGGCUAGCACAAUUUGUUUCCUGAUGGAGAACCAAAUUCUAAAACUUUUCGAAGCCGGCCUCUUAUUGCAAGUAGCCUUUGAUGUAGUGCAUGAAACGUACGACUACAAAAAGGUUGAAUACCCUGGUCAUCUGGAUAGCCGGGCUUUUCAUGUGAUUUUUGUUUACCAAGAGUUUUACAACUACUUGUCGCAAGCGGUUAAAUUGGUCGGUCUUGCCGGGGAGGAUUUUCGCAACCAUCCACCAUUGGAUGGCGUGCUUUUUCACAACCGAUAUGCCGAGUGGAAAGAACAGGGUGGAGACUUACAGCAUAUUAAACCAUGGAGAAUUUAUGCUGGCGUUAGCGAGUGAACGUUUAAGAUUUUUUUUCUAACAUCAGUAACACUUUUUAUAUAGAAAAAUGUACUAAUUCUUUUUUAGUUUGUUAAUUUAACGUUCAUUUUUAGUUACUAAUCGCAUUUUGCGAUAUGGUUUAAGUUACAGACCCAAUAACUUAUGUAAGACUAACUAAGACAAAUCUUGAAUACAGAUAUUGUACUCAACAGCAAUCUGCAACACUACUAAUACGAAAAAUACCGUUAAAAAUACUUUAAUUAUUAUCUGAA